AUGAUUCUCCGGCUCGCCAUUGAAGCCAGACUGAACUUCGAGAGCGGCGGCCUCAAAGCUGAAGUUGGUCGGCAGUGCAGGCGCCGGCCGGUGGCUAUCAACGGCGGUGGAUGGGAGGGGAAGAUUGCGCUGAUAACUGGAGGGGCUAGCGGGCUCGGCAAGGCAACGGCUCACGAGUUCAUCCAGGAGGGCGCAUCCGUUGUUCUUGCCGACAUCAAUUCCCAGCUAGGCCUGCAGACAGCCGAGGAGCUUGGCCCGCAUGCUCACUUCAUCCACUGCGACGUUGCCGUCGAGGACAGCGUCGCGGGAGCCGUCGACGCCGCAGUGGCCAGGCACGGCCGGCUCGACGUCAUGUUCAACAGCGCAGGCGUAGCGGGCUCUCUGUCCGGCACCUCGGAGAUGGCGAGCCUGGACCUGGGCCAGUUCGACAGCGUGAUGCGCGUGAACGUGCGCGGCACGCUGGCGGGGAUCAAGCACGCGACCCGCGUCAUGGCGCCGGCGUGCUCCGGCUCCAUCCUCUGCAUGGGGAGCAUCAGCGGCCUCAUGGGCGGGCUCGGCUCCUACCCGUACUCGGCGUCCAAGCUCGCCAUCGCCGGCGUCGUCAGAACCGCCGCCGCGGAGCUCGCGCGGCACGGCGUCCGCGUCAACUGCAUAUCGCCGCACGCGAUCGCGACGCCGAUGGUGGUGCGGCAGUUCGCUGAGAUGCUCGGGGGCGCGGAUGAGGCGACGGUGGCGUCCAUCGUCGCGGGCCUCGGUCAGCUCAAGGGCGCGACGUGCGAGGCGGUGGACGUGGCCAGGGCGGCCGUGUACCUCGCGUCGGACGACGCAAAGUACGUGUCCGGCCACAACCUGGUGGUGGACGGUGGGUUCACCACCUACAAGUACAUGGACCUGCCAUUCCCCACGCCACAGGAGUGA